ACGAAUCGCUCACUUUUAAAGAUACAGUGCGUUCCUCUGUUGUGCUUUUCACUGGUGAUUCAUACAUUUCUCAUAAAAUUCUUCAUACACUCUCAUACAUUCUACCGACUGAAGCAGCGAUUUGGACGUCGUCUCUCCAACAAAAUGAGUCGAAAUCGGAUAAAGUUCGGCGCCUUCUAUUGGAUUCACCUCCUGUUAGGUGUCGCGGUGGCUGCGUCGUCUGUCGCCGAUGACAUUCCGAAGGACAUCUCCGACGAAGGGCCUCUUCCCAUCACCUUGAUCGUCCUUACCGAUGACGACGAGGUGCCCGUCAAGAGAGUGCCCCGAGAAGCCACUGACGUCAAGGUCGAGGGUGCCAUACCCAUUACCCAACUGAGGAUUCCAAGAGCUCUCCUGCCCUCCCACGGCGGUCCUUCGACUGUCGCCGGGGGUUCUCCUGGAAGCGAUUUCCCGAUCUUUAACGCUGUUCCCAAGACGAGUUUUACUUGCAGCAGUAGAAGUCAUGGCUAUUACGCAGACGUGGACACAGGCUGCCAGGUAUUCCAUGUGUGCCAUGCUGACGGCCGAAUGGACAGCUUCUUGUGUCCCAAUGGCACGAUCUUCCAGCAACAGCAACUUGUAUGCGAUUGGUGGUACAACGUUGACUGUCAGUCUUCCUCGCAACAUUUUGAUGUCAAUGCAGAGAUUGGUAAAAUAUCACCAUCUUCCAGACAGCCUUCAUCUGGAGGAGCAACUUCUGCAAACUUUGCCCAGCAACCUGCACCUCGACCGACCUUUGCUAAUGUUACACCACAAAGGGCCCAAGGUAGACCUGCUGUCACUCAGUCACUUCAAGUCCCACCUGGGUCUAAAGCAAUAGGUGUCGGCCCAAGUGUGUCACAGCAAUUGACAAGAGUCUCUCAGACACCAAAGGCCGCACCACAAGCUGCUUUCUCAAUACCACAGACCUCACAGGGGGCGAGCAAAGUUUCAAGUGCAAACUUUGGUGCAGUAACGCAACAAACUACAUUGCGGCCCCCUACAAGAGUGGCAGUAUCGAGAAGGCCUGUUACUUCUGCCCUUUCAACAGGAUUCACUGCCUCUCGGCCACAGACAACUUUCCAACAGAAUAAUGCCAAUGUGGCACUGACUGCCUUUGGUUCCCCGACUCCUCAAGUUCACGGAAACACACAUUCAAAUUUCCAAAUAACCACAACAACUGCAGCUCCCAGAGUUACACAGAGUGUCAGCAACCAAAACAGGGUAGUUCAGCCUUCUAGUUUCAACAGGGUUCAACAAACAUUCACCAACAUUAACAGAGUAACACCUGCUCCUAUCAGAAACACUGUAUCACAAACUUUUGCUAGCCAAAACAUAGUAACACCAGCUCCAAAUCUAAACAGGGUUCAACAGAGUUUUGGAGUUAGUAGCCAAGUAACUCCAAGCACUAAUCACAGAGGAACACCAGCUUCAAAUCUGAACAGAGUUCAACAGAGUUUUACAGUCACUAACCCAGUAACUCCAAGCACUAUUCAACACAGAGUAACGCCAGCUCCAAAUCUGAAUAGAGUCCAACAGAGUUUCACUGGCACUGGCCAAGUAACUCCAAGCACUUUUCAACACAGAGUAACUCCAGCUCCAAAUCUGAAUAGAGUCCAACAGAGUUUUCCUGCCACUAGCCAAGUAACUACAGGCACUUUUCAAUCCAGAGUAACGCCAGCUCAAAAUCUGAACAGAGUCCAACAGAGUUUUCCUGCCACUAGCCAAGUAACUACAGGCACUUCUCAACCUAGAGUAACGCCAGCACUAAAUCUGAACAGAGUCCAACAGAGUUUUACUGCCACUAGCCAAGUAACUCCAAGCACUAAUCAGAACACAGUAGCCCAGAGCUUUGGCAGUCGAACUAAUAACGCCCAAAGGUUUAGCACUCGGCCGAGCACUGGAAUUCCUCUUACAAACACAAGACCACAGUCAUCGGUACAAGCGUCCAGAGGCCAAGGCCAGACCUCCGUCCAAACGAAUACUUUCGGUAACCGCGUAGUUGGUGGGAUAAGAAUUGGCCAGUCCGUUGGAGUCCCAUUACCGACCCUGAACCAAGGGGUACAACAGCCGCAGAGAACAAAUGUUAACAUUCGUCCAAUAACUCCCGUCAACAACGUGCUGUCCAGGCCCAAUAACGUAAGACCUACCGGCACGCUGGGAUCUGCUAGACCUAUCAUCGUCAUCGACGACGAUCUUCUAGACCCAUUUGACGACGACAGAUUCGAUCUGGACGAUCGCUUCGACGAUGAUCGAUUCGACCUAGACGAUCGCUUUGACGACGACCGGUUCGAUCUGGACGACCGAUUCGACUUGGACGACCGAUUCGACUUGGACGAUCGCUUCGACGACGAUCGCUUCGACGAUGAUCGAUUCGACCUGGACGAUCUCUUUGACGACGAUCGCUUCGACCUAGACGAUCGGUUUGAGCGGCAGACUCUGGCGAGUUUAUCGAAGCAACUUGGAGGAAGGAAUGUGUCUCCGCCUUCGGAAUUCCAGCUUCCUCCGCCUCUCGGACGUUAAACUCUUCAUUCCCAUUCCGUAAAAGAAUCAGAUUCCACGAAAAAAUAACCAGAAAACAACAGAAAUUGUUGUGCUUUCUCGUCCGUAAAUGAAUCAGAUAAGGAAAAACAACUUGCAAUAAAAUGUUUAUUGUGUACGUAGCGAAUUAUAUUGAUAGUAAUCGAGAAUUAAUGUUUUUAUUUAACUGUUUUGAGUAAAUUUUGUUUAAGCUUCCAAUUCAUCUAUACACAAAUAAAAUAUUUGACUAAGAAUGUUGAUAUUAAACGAUUAAUUUUUUUUUAAAUAUUUUAUAUACGCAAUUAAGAAAAAUUGUCAGAAACUUGCUGAAGUUUUAGAACAAAAUAACUACAUUAUAUGAUAAUACAAUAGAAAUGUCAAAGAUUUGCUACGUAAACUAGGAUAAAGAUUUAAAUAUAUAAAAGUAUCUUUAAAGUUAUUAAAUAUCCACACGAUUCUCAUACACACCAACGCUAGGAUAAAUAUUAAUUUGUAAAAAACGAAGGAUUUUAUCAUUUUUUACAAUUACGUGACUAUGCAACGAUGAAACAUGGCCAUGGGAGAGCUGAAUUCCAUUAUGCUGAAAUGAUUAAAAAGUCAUCUCUGUGAUGAGACAUGACGAAUGAAAUUACUCCUUUAUUGUGGUUAAACAUCAGCUAUCAAUGAAAUGACGAAUUUCGAAAAAAUAAUUGUGAAAUACUUGCUUUGAAUAAUCUGAUACUACGGACGAGAUUAUCUAUUUCCAUGCAGUCUCAAAACGCGCCAGCAAUCGCUUUGGAAUUUUCGUUUUACUUUCGUUUUUCCUAAUUCAUCUAUUCCUUCAUCGGGAUUAAGCAGUAAUUUAAUGAUGAAGGAAUUAAGCAGUUAUUUUCAGUCGUAUCCCCGUUUUCUUUGGAAUCGUGCUUAAGGUGGGAAAUCCAUUUGCUUCUAAAAAAAAUCUAAUUGGAAUUAAAUGGAAUUUUCUUAGGGACUGAGCUUGAUAAAGGGCAUCCCUUGGCUUAUGAAAAUUGCAUAGAGGGACUGAGCUUGGAAUUAGGUAGAAUUUUCGUAAGAACUGAGUUUGAUAAAGGCCACCUCACCCCUUUGCUUAGAAAGAUUAAAUAGAAUUUUCUAAAGACUGAGUUUGAUAAAGGAAUCCCUUUACUUAUAAAGAUUAAAUAUAAUUUUCGUAAAGACUGAGCUGGAUAAAGGCCACCCCAUCCUUUUGCUUAUAAAGAUUAAAUACAAUUUUCGUAAGAACUGAGCUUGAUAAAGGAACCCCUUUGCUUAUAAAGAUUAAAUACAAUUUUCGUA